AUGAAUGAGAUAAUUGCACGUGCAAUAAACUCAAUCGAUUAUCUAUUAGAAAAAGACACAUUGAAACAUGUCAUCCAUGGACAUACUUUAAUGGAUAUUCGUGACCUAUUUAUCAAACUAAACUCAACAGAAAAUGAAUGGACUGAAUUAUUUUGUCGACAAUUAGAUCGUGUAAUGAGUAAUAAUAAAAAACUUCUGGAAGAUUAUUGGAUUAAUCUAUACGAUGAUAUAAUCUAUGCGCUCAAAGGACCGAAUGGUGAAACAAGUAUGGGGGAAAAUUGGAAUAAUUUUUUGAAGAAAAUUACAAAUGAGAAGAAACGAAUGCAACGUGAAAUACAAUUUCAACAUAAAUUUGGAAAACGAAAGAUUUUCAAAGAUUUAGUAAAUGAAAAAGCAAAACUCGUCAAUGAAUAUCUUCAUAAUUGUAUUUAUGUUUAUUCAAAAGUACAAAUCGACGAUUUGAUAGAAAAUAUCAAUGAUUUUGUCCUUGAAAAUUGUCAAUUAAAUGAAAUAUCAGUUAAAGAACAAUUACAACGCAUUGAUAUAAAAAUUGAUUGUUCAAAACAUUUAUUAGCAGAUAUCGAAGAUCAUUUCAGUACAACUAUUGAACUAUGUCGAACAGCCAAUCGUGAUUCAAACACAUUUUUCCCUUCGAUCGAAAGUGAAUUGUCUGGAUUUGGUGAAUCAAAAACAAUUGAAACACUUUUAGAAUAUGAUCGGUGGAUUGUUAUUUUAGGUGAUCCAAGAAGUGGAAAAUCUACACUUCUUCGAUGGAUAUUGUGUAUCUUUGCUGAAGCAAUUUGUAACAAUGAUGAACAAGUGAAUUUAAAUGAAAAUCAUUAUGUUCCAAAUCGUUUUCCAAUUUUAAUUCGUUUAACUGAAUUCUCCACAUGGCUUUAUGAAAAUCAAUCUAAAACAUUAUAUGAUUAUAUAAAUAAUCUUUCUAAUGACAAAGAAAAUCUCUUUGGUGAAUUUAUCGAUCACGGUCAUGCAUUGAUUCUUUUAGAUGGACUCGAUGAGAUCGAUGAUAUUCAUCGAAGAGGUCAAAUUGUUGAUCGGAUAAAAGAAUUCAUCAAUGAAUUUAUUUUUACACCAGAGUUUUGUUCUGCAUUUGAUGAUGUCAUACGCAAUAGUCAGAAUAAAAUCUAUUAUGAAAUAGGAUCACCAAAAAUAACCGGUGGAAAUCAAUUAAUUGUAACAACUCGAAAAGUUGGAUAUCAAUUUCAUCCUAUUCUUGGUUCUUUUAUUCAUCAUUAUUUAUUAUUAUUAUUAGAACGUAAACAAUCGAGAAUAUUUAUGAAAAAAUGGAUGCAACAAGUAGAAAAAAGUAUUUUGGAGAUUUUAUCUAAACAUGGCUUUGAAUUAAAUGAAGAAAAAAUGAAAUAUUUAUCUAAUCGACGAUUGAAUGCUAUUGAGUGUAUAUUUAAAAAACAUUCAACAUCGCUUACAUUCAAUCCUUUAUUAUUAUGUUUUAUUUGUAAAAAUAUUUUUCAAUUAAAUAAGAAUUUCAAUCCCAAAUCUCGAAUAGAAAUCUAUGAUUUUAUUGUUCAAUCGAUAUUAAAUUCUUGGCCCAAUCAAGAACUUCAUAUAUCAAAGGAUAUUUUAAUCAAAUUUUUAAUUCACACUUCCACAUAUCUUCAUACAAAUUCAUCAUCGAAUCUGAUUGAUGCAUUUGAUCUAAAACGAUUAUGUCAAAUGGUUUUGAAACAACACGGAAAUCUAUCGAUUAAUCAUGAAAAUCUUUGUGAAUAUACUGAGAAAAUUUUAGAAAUUCUUCAAUCGAAAAUGAAUAUUAUAAGUGAAUUAGGUUUAGAAGUAUUUUCUUUUCAACAUUCAUUAUUUCAAGAUUAUUUUGUAACGCAAUCUUUACUUGGAAAUUCCUCGAUAGAAAGCCUCGCUAAACGUAUUGUUACAUUUACUAGCAAAUCACGUUUUCGAAAAUCACUUCUUUUAACUCUCGGUUGGAUUAGUUGGAAAUGGGCAUUUAAGGAUUAUAAUCAAUUCUGUAAUUUACUCGUAAAUGCUGAUAAAUCGUCUACAAUUCCUUUGGGAAUUUUACUCUUUUUCGAAGGUUUCAAAGAUCUUCGACGAUUACCAAUGAAAUCAGUUAUUUUUAAUGCAUUGAAUCAUUUAUUGAAUUGUUCGAUAAAUAUUAUUGUUGACAAAUAUUUUCUGUGGAAUUUCCUAAAAUUACCUGAAAACUUAAUUCAAGAAUGGAUGGAAUUACAUUUAAAAGAUGAACUAAACCUCCGUAAAUUUUGUCAAAGUCUAUUAAAAUCAAUUCAAUUAAAAAUUGUUCAAUUUCCAAAUAAACUCAAAUCAAUUUUGCCAAAGAUUUAUCAACAAUUGAACAAGUAUCGCAAUCAAAACUCAACAAAUGAAUUUCUCAUCGAUCAAACUUUUCGAAGAAUUAUCUUAAUCCGAAAUGCACAUGAAUAUAUUGUUUCCAAUGAAUUCUCAUCGUAUUUUUCAUCAAACCAUAUCUGUAUAUCAACGAUUCAUCCAUUAAUACUUUCUGUUAUUUGUCUCGUAUGCGGAGGACUCAAUUUCAUAUUGGAAAAUCAAGAUUUAAGAAUCAAUUUUUCUUCCAAACAAAUCUUUCGUCAAUCGUCAAUUAUACCGUCAAUUGUUGAAUAUUUAACGAAUUCGGAAGAGUCCCAUUGGGUGAAAAUGACAUCAUUGAUAAAUUAUUAUGAAAAUAUUCUUGAGAAGACAUCGAAAACAGAUACUUCAAACGAAAUUAUUGAUAUUUUUAUGGCGUUAAUUUGCUUAAAAGGACUUUCGAUAGAAAUGUUUUAUAGAAAAUAUUCUGAAUAUUCCGGAUUAUCUCUGGCUGCAAUUCGACUCCAACAAAAUUGGUUUUAUUUAAAACAAACAUGGAUUUCUCAUAAAGACGGAAGACAUUUGAUCAAUGAUCAUUCUCUUCUAUUAGAUCUUCAGCAAAUCGUUAAUUUCUUUUAUCCAAAAUCAAUCGAAUUCGAAAAACAACGUUUGAAAUUUUCCGUCAUUUGUGUCUCUGCAUUGAAUAAAUUUGAUAUAAAUUAUUCAUUAUUUUUACUUACACCAAGUUAUUUCGUUCCUGCCCGACAAAAUCCUCAAUCAACUAACAAAAACCAGAAUUCGACAGAAAUGAUUGGAAAGAUUUCAUUAAAAUCAUUUUCUUUUAUACCAAAACAUCUUCAAAAUUUAUAUUAUUCUCUCUUAAAUGACUCAAACAGUAAACUCAAUUUAUUAUCACGAGUUUUAUUUCGAUUACAAUCUUUAAUACAUUUAGAAAAUCUUGAUGAAAAUGAUCCAAAUUAUUAUCUUCUCCUAUCGCGAUUACGAUCACAAUUUCAAAAUUAUCACAUGGAAAACUAUUUGAUAAUUCGUCUGAUAGAAAACAAACACGGUAGAGAACAAGAAAAACAAGAACAGCGUGCCAAUAUAUUAUUCGAGCAAAUUUCGAUUGAUGAGCCAAUCGAUGUGAACAAACUUAUUGAAAUUGAACGUCAACGUAUUUCUGAUGCGAAUAAUAUUACUGAUAAUGAAAGAAAAGAUUUAAAACUUCUAGUUACAUCAAUUAUACUCGCAAGACUUUUUCAAGGUGAGUAUCGUUUUGAAAAUUUCUCCUGA